AUGCACACGGAGUAUCUGACACCAGCGGAACUGGAGAAGCAGGCGAGCUUCGAGAGCCUGGACUACUACAAGCCCUACCCGGAUAUGUACGUUGAAUAUCUACGAGAGAGCCAAGAGGGCCGGCGGCAGCAAUACAGGGAGGGCGACGCGGCCACCGCGUCACGGACGGCAGAGGUGAACGGCAGCGUUUCACACGAGGCGGACAGCGGCAGUGAGGGGCGCACGCGCUACAGCGUCAGCUAUCCCCUUGGCAGCAUGGCCGAGAGCUUCGCUCGGCUCCAGAUGGACACGACGGAGCGCCACGUCACGCUGCGAUGGCUGUUGCACGUCUUGAUCGCCCUCUCCGUUGGUGUCGUGGCCACAGUCGUGUCGUACGCCGUCGACAUUCUGGAGAAGUACCGCGCCGAGGUGCUGUACCGCAUCAUGACAAGCCAACGGCACCGGUCCAUCGGCAAUCUUCAGGGGCUCUUGUACACGCUCAUCGGCUCCGUCGUGCUUGUGGCGAUCGCCGCUGGCGUCGUGGUGUACUUCGAGCCCGCCGCGUCGGGCGGUGGCAUCCCUGAUGUGAUGGCGUACCUCAACGGCGUCCAUCUCCGCAAAGCCAUGAACCUGCGCACCUUUAUCGCGAAGGCCAUCUCGUGCAUCUGCGCCGUCGCGGGUGGGCUGCCCGUGGGGUUGGAGGCGCCUCUCAUUCACCUCGGUGCUAUCACUGGGGCGGGCGUGACGCAGGGCCGCAGCCGCACCCUUGGGUUUCAAACAUCGAUGUUCCAGGCGUUCCGCAACAACAAGGAUCGCCGCGACUUUAUAACGGCCGGUGCGGCGUGCGGCGUGUCCGUUGCCUUUGGUGCCCCAAUCGGAGGCCUGCUCUUCGUCAUGGAGGAGGUCAGCAGUUUUUGGGACCAGAGCUCCAACGGGCAGAUCUUCCUCGCCACGAUGCUGUGCUUCACCUUUAGCACCAUCAUCAACUCUAUCGUCGAGGGCCGGCGGCUGCUGGGCUGGGUCUCGAACACGGCCGCCGUGUUGUUCGAGGUCAACAUCACCAUACAGCUGAACCUGGUGUCCAUCAUUCCCUCGCUGUUCCUCGGCAUCAUCAUGGGCUCCCUGGCUGCCUUCUUCACGAAAGCAAACCUCAUCCUUAUCAAGUGGCGGCGCCGCGUGCUACGCCCCUACCAGUUCCGCCGCUUCCUCGAGCCGGUCGUGGUCGGCGCCGUCUUCUCCAGCUGCACGUACGUCCUCUCCCUCGUCUCCCCGUGCGCCGAACUGCACGACAUCGGCACUAUCAACGAGACAGUGCAACAGUGGGGCACAGAGGGCGGGUGGCGCCUCUUCAACAACACCUGCGCCAAGCCCAAGACGUACUCGCCGCUCGGCACGCUCAACAUGGCCUCUGGCAAGAACACGAUCCGCCAUCUCUUCUCGCGGCAGACGGCCGGGGAGUUCCCUGUGAUGACGCUGAUCGUGUACUUUCUCAUCUACUUCGCCUCUGCCUGCAUGGCCAGCGGUACGUCCGUGUCGGGUGGUCUUGUCGUGCCCAGCCUCGUGCUUGGCGCCGUCUUUGGCCGCCUGUUCGGUCUGCUCAUGUUUCAUAUCGGGGUCACGAAGAUCCCUGGCGUGCCGCGUGGCUACGCGGCGGCUGAUGCGUGGAUGGACCCCGGUGUCUUCGCCCUCAUCGGCGCCGGCGCCUUCCUCGCCGGCACCUCGCGCAUGUCUAUGGCCAUCUGCGUCAUCAUGGUCGAGCUGUCGGCGGAGCUGCACUACCUGCUACCUGUCAUGGUGGCAAUCGUCAUGUCCAAGACAACGGCGGAUUGGCUGUGCGAGCCGCUGUACCACCAGAUGCUGCUCAUGGACAGCGUCCCCUACCUGCCACCAAACAUUGUGAAGCCGGAGUUUGAGCAGCUGACGGCGGCGGACGUUAUGGCGUCUGAGGUGGUGACGCUGCGGAUGCGCGAACGUACAGAGGUGGUGCUGGCCGCUCUGCGCGACAGCACGCACCACGCCUUCCCCGUCGUAGAGGCCGUUUCGAUCGACGAUGCCGCCGCUGACGGCGAUGAUGACAAGAAGGCGACGUCCCCGCCAAGAGAGUCUGCCAGCUCAUUCGCCCUGCGCAAGCUGGACGGCACGAAGCGCGGGUCCGGCGAAGCCAGCGCUCCACCCGUCGCCCCGGCUGGUGCGCCCGCACCUCGAUCUGCGGAGAACGCAUCCGCAACAGCGGCGCACGUGCGCUACAAGUUUGUGGGCCUCGUCACUCGCGAGGAUCUUCAGGUGUAUUUCACUCUUCCCCAGCUGCAGGAGUACAACGAGUCGGUGUCGACGACAUCGCCGCUGACCACGGUGCCGCUGACAGCGAAAGACAGCGACGGCUUUGGCGGCCGCCUUGCACCGUGCGUGCUGGCCAUCCGCCACCUCUCCUGGACGCAGUGGACAUGGCAGAAGAGUCGCCUUUUCUUUCGAACCUCGGACCGCUACGAGUGGGUUCGGACGCACAUGCCGGACGGUAUCCCGGGCGGGGCGGAGGUGGGGGCCGAGAGCGACUCCUUCAUCAGCGAAAACCGCCUGCCGCCCGUCCUCGACCUCUCCCUUAUCGUGAACCGCAGCCCAUGGGUGAUCCCACCCUUCUUCAACUUGCAGAUGACGUACCAGACCUUCCGCAUGAUGGGCUUGCGGCACAUGGUUGUCGUCGACGGUGACACUGUGGCGGGCAUGAUCACCCGCAAAGACCUGCUCGUCAACUCGCUGCGGCACAGGAUGAAGGAACUCAGCGCGCGGCUGGAGACGGCGGACUCGGCUGCGCCGUCGCUGCCGCCGAGCUACACGAAGCAUGGGAUACUCGGUGACCAGUCGCAGCGCUCCCAUAGCGAAGGCGGCAGGGACGAGGUGGACGGUGUGCUGCCGACGCGGGCAGGGUCACGCGCCAACAGCGCGGCCGCCCCACUCGAGCUCCGCAGCUCAGCGAGCAUCAACGGCCGUGGAGCUACUUCGGCCUGGAAGUCGCCAUCGCCGAAUGUCUUCGCCUCCGCUGGUGGCGAGGCGCCGACGAAACAGCACUGGGGCUUUCUGCAGUUCACUGAAGCCGCAGGUGUGCCGGCAAGGCCGAGUGCCCCGAUCUCCUCGCCUCUGACAGCCCUCUUCGGUUCCACCUCGUCGUCUUCGACGAUGCACGACAAUGGCGCUCCCGGGUUCCCCACCGCGUCCAUACCGGUGGCUUACAGGACGGCAACGCCGUCGCUCCCGCGCGUCAUCGCGCAAGAGCCGGCUUCUGAGGCAGGCGCUGCGAUGGCGUGGAACGGCAGCCGGAGCGUCGCCGAGGGUGACACAAGAGACAGCAGCGUUGGUAACGCAUUCUCGAGUGCUCACCAAACACCCGCGACGCCGUCGCUGCCGGGCGAUGUGACGUCGCUGUUCAACUAG